ACUCCGGGCUGGCGGCUUGUUGAUAAUAUGGCGGCAGGGCCUUUCUGGGCAUCUCGAGGAGGCUGUGGGGCCCACACCUGGAGGAAGGGUCUCUUUUCGGGCUAGUGCGGCAGCCGCUGCGGACCCGGACGUCCGGGCCUGUUGCUGAAUGAGGGGAGCCGGGCCCUCCCCGCGACAUUCCCCCCGCGCCCUUCGACCCGACCCGGGCCCUGCCAUGUCCUUCUUCCGGCGGAAAGUGAAAGGCAGAGAACAAGAUAAGACCUCAGAUGCCAAGACAGUUAAAGCCUCAAUAUCCGUACAUUCCCCACAAAAAAGCACUAAAAAUCAUGCCUUGCUGGAGGCUGCAGGACCAAGUCAUGUUGCGAUCAAUGCCAUUUCUGCCAACAUGGACUCCUUUUCAAGUAGCAGGACAGCAACACUUAAGAAGCAGCCAAGCCACAUGGAGGCCGCUCAUUUUGGUGACUUGGGCAGGUCUUGUCUGGACUACCAGAUUCAAGAGGCCAAAUCAAGCCUUUCAAAGACCCUUGAACAAGUGUUGCAUGACACUGUUGUCCUCCCUUACUUUAUUCAAUUCAUGGAACUGCGGAGAAUGGAGCAUUUGGUGAAGUUUUGGUUAGAAGCUGAAAGUUUUCACUCCACGACGUGGUCCCGAAUAAGAGCACACAGUCUGAACACAGUGAAGCAGAGCUCAUUGGCUGAGCCGGUCUCUCCAUCUAAAAAGCAAGAAACUGCAACAUCUUUUGUAACUGAGUCUCUUGACAAGGGAUUAGAGGAUUCUAGCUCAGCCCAGUUGCUUAUGACUCAAUCAGAAGGAACUGAUCUAAAUUAUAGAACUAGCAACACUGAGAAUCACUUGCUUCUUUCCCAGAAAUGUGACAGUGCCCAUUCUUUCCACCUUGAAAUGGCCAGAAGAGAAGCUCAGGAAGUUUCCGUGGAAACCCAAGAAUCCUCCCCAAGACUUAAAGUAGCCAGGACAAAUAGUCUCUCUUCUCCACUAAAGGAAUUAUCAGGAAAACUAAUGAAAAGUAUAGAACAAGAUGCAGUGAAUACUUUUACCAAAUAUAUAUCUCCAGAUGCUGCUAAACCAAUACCAAUUACAGAAGCAAUGAGAAACGAUAUCAUAGCAAAGAUUUGUGGAGAAGAUGGACAGGUGAAUCCCAACUGUUUUGUUUCAGCACAGUCCAUAGUCUUUAGUGCAAUGGAGCAAGAGCACUUUAGUGAUUUUCUGCGAAGUCAUCAUUUCUGUAAAUACCAGAUUGAAGUGUUGACCAGUGGGACUGUUUACCUGGCUGAUAUUCUCUUCUGUGAGUCAGCCCUCUUUUAUUUCUCUGAGUACAUGGAAAAAGAAGAUGCAGUGAAUAUCUUACAGUUUUGGUUGGCAGCAGAUAACUUCCAGUCUCAGCUUGCUGCCAAAAAGGGCCAGUAUGAUGGACAGGAGGCACAGAACGAUGCCAUGAUUUUAUAUGACAAGUACUUCUCCCUGCAGGCCACACAUCCUCUUGGAUUCGAUGACGCUGUGAGAUUAGAAAUUGAAUCUAAUAUCUGCAGGGAAGGUGGGCCGCUCCCUAACUGUUUUACAACUCCAUUACGUCAGGCCUGGACAACCAUGGAGAAGGUGUUUUUGCCUGGUUUUUUGUCCAGCAACCUUUAUUAUAAAUACUUGAAUGAUCUGAUUCACUCAGUUCGAGGGGAUGUGUUUCUGGGAGGGAAUGCCUCGCUGACUGCUGCCGGCUCUGGCCCUCCUGACGACCCUCCCCAAGGCGGUGCUGACAGCUUGGCAUCUCAGACCAAUGUGAAAAAAGCUAGUGUUAAAAUUCUGAAAAAUUUUGAUGAAGCAAUAAUUGUGGAUGCUGCAAGUCUGGAUCCAGAAUCUUUGUAUCAACGGACAUAUGCAGGGAAGAUGACAUUCGGAAGAGUCAGUGAUGUGGGACAAUUCAUCCGGGAAUCUGAGCCUGAACCUGAUGUAAAGAAAUCAAAAGGAUCCAUGUUCUCACAAGCUAUGAAGAAAUGGGUGCAAGGAAAUACUGAUGAGGCUCAAGAAGAGCUAGCUUGGAAGAUUGCUAAAAUGAUUGUUAGUGAUGUUAUGCAGCAGGCCCAAUGUGAUCAACCAUUAGAGAAGUCUACAAAGCUAUGACUCAAUACCUGAGAUAAAGGAAAUCUGCUUUUGAAAAAUAAGAGAAUGUUUUUCCUUUGGUUGGAUUCUUAACACAGCCAGUGAAAACAAAGCACUGUAUUUCUUUUCUCUGAUUUAUCAACUGUUGUUCCCAAGAAAGAAUGGCAGACAAUCCUAGACUUCCACCAUAAACAGAGUGACAUGUAGACAUAUUUGCUGCACAUCAUGAUCACAAGUGACAGUCAUAAAGAGACAAAGUGGUAUUGUUUACAUUAUAGAAGAUUGGUAGUUUUCCAAUGGCAAUAACCCACUUACAGGAGAGUUUUAGUCACUAGAACAGACAGGGACCACAUACUGUGGCAGGCACACAAGCAUAGCACUGGUAUUUGAUGCACAUCCCGUAGUGAUAACCAGUCCUUAACAGCACCAUAAAGCAGGUACCCAAGGGGCUUUGCUUUGGCCUCUUGAAAUGAAUGGGAGUGAGCCCCUCUGAGAGCCAGGUGGCUCCGAGUGGCAGUGCGGUGCCAGCAGAUGUUUCCUUCCAUGCAUUGGGGCGGAAGAUCAUUGUAUAGGCUGCCUUCACAGAGGCAUUGAUUUGGAAGAAAUUUAUAAUGUCACAGGUCAGGUCUCAGUGACAUGGUCCUUCCUUUUGCUGGCAGUAUACAAUUCUCACAUCUUAACUGCUCCUGAGAUGCCAUGUACUUAAAGCCAGUCUUCCCCUGGUAACCAUAGGGUGCAUCGGCUUGAUUUUGAGCAUUAGGACUUGCUCCUCUGGAAUUCUGUGCUCAGUUUACGUAACUUUCCCUUCAGGAUACAUGUGGAAAGGAGUAAAUAAUAAUGAUCACUCCAUUGUCCCUGCUGUGGGGCCUGGGACAAAAUGUUUAUUCCCAAAUUGUGUGAGGAAGGGGAACAGGCAGAGGUUGAGGGGAGGAAAAGCAGUCAGUUUUGACUGCCUCCCCUUUCUUUGCUCUGAGCUGGGAAGUAUGCAGUUAUGGUCUUUUUCCUGUCUGUCUUCAGAAGAGGGAGAGUCUGCCCAUUGCACUCAGGCUCGGUCGGCUUCGGGUCUGGACUGCGCCUCAGUCAGCAGGGUGCCCCACAGCAGACAUGCUCCACUGGCUGGGUGAGGCCAACACUUCCACACCAUAUGUGGCUGUUGGAGGGGAAAGAAUGUUGUCUUAGGUGUCACUGCUUUAUGCUCAGACUUUGCAAAAAAUAUAUACAUAUAUUUAAUUAUUAGUCACCUCUGUCCUUGGGGAAGUCUCGAAUGAAUAGAGAAUUUAUUCCUUUGCAAUAUUUGACUGUGUAGAGAGAGGCACACUGUUUCAUCCACAGAAGAAGCAAAAAGGCUGUGUGUAAGUUUUUGGUACUAUGUACCACCUCUGUUAUUCUUCUAAAGCUGAAGUAUUAAUGUACUUAAAUCAUACUCUAUUUAAUUGUGUUUGAUUUUAAAUAUAUAUAUAUGAAUUAUAUUUAAAAUUGUGUCAACUUUUCUGCUUUCAGGGCAUUUAUAGCUCUUCUAUUAAAAUGUGUUAAUUCUUCCAAA